AUGCCGGGAAUUCACACAUUUUAUGAUGGUUCAAAGCUCUUGGAGCCGCUUUCAGAGAGUUUGGGAAUUGAUGUCGAUAAGGUAAAUUUCGUGCUCUCUCUUUUUGCCAAUUUUGGCUUUGCGUAUGCGUAUCGAAAGUUUUGUGCGCCGGGAUCGGUAAAUCGUCAAGUGCGAACGGUUAUUCCCGCAGUUAUUGGAUUGUCCCUCUUAUUUUUUUGUUUUGGAAGAGCAAUUAAACAUCUGCUAGCAAAUGCUCUGGGAAGUUAUGCGAUAAUGUAUUUUGCUCCCUCGUCUCAAGUGCACAAGCUAGUAUUGAUGUUUUCAAUGGGAUAUCUCUUUUUUAUUCACUCGUAUCGGUGGGCUAUUUUAGAUUCUUACACACUUGACGUAACUGGUCCGAUUAUGGUGGCCGUUGAAAAGGUCACAAUGAUGGCGUUCAAUUUAAAGGAUGGAAAAACGAAGGACCAAUCUAAAUUAACCGAAGAGCAGAAAAAAGAAUCGUUGAAAGACAUUCCAUCGCUUCUAGAGUUCAUGUCGUUCAUGUUCAACUUCCAGACAUGCCUUACUGGUCCUGCAAACAGCUACACAGAUUACAUUCAAUUUUUAGAUGGAGAUCAUGUUACUCCAGACAGCAAGGGAAAACUUCCUUCACCAACCAAGGUUGCGUUUAAGAAAUUUGUUGAAUCUCUUUUCUACCUUUCAAUUGUGGUGACGCUCGGUGCGAAAUACAAAGUUGAGGAUGUUGGAACUCCAGAAUAUUUUGCUCUUCCAAUGUACCAAUGGUUCUUCUGGUGGUUCUUUUCUAUUACUUUAAUUCGGUGCUCAUAUUAUUUCGCUUGGGUUCUUGCUGAUGCUAUAUGUAAUAUGUCCGGAUUCGGAUUCAGCGGCUAUGACAAGGAAGGAAACGCACAAUGGAAGCUCUGUACCAAUGUGAUUCCAUACCAAGUUGAGAUGGCUCAAAGUUUGAAAGAAAUCUUGGAUGCUUGGAAUAUACAAACCGGAUUCUGGUUGAGAAAGGUCGGAUAUGAAAGAGCUCCAAGGAAAAUACGAACAAUCGCUACCUAUACGUUAUCUGCAGUUUGGCACGGAGUUUCGAUCGGUUAUUAUAUGGCAUUCUUCACUUGUGGGCUUUUUACAAUUGCUGCGCAAACUUUCCGACGAUGCAUGCGAUGGCGAUUUUUGGGAAAUCCAAAGGUCAAAUUGGGCUACGACAUUUUCUCCUUCAUUGUUUCCAAAAUAGCCUUGGCUUAUGCAACUUAUUCAUUUGUCACAAUGAAUCUUUAUCCAGCAUUUGAUGUUCUCAAGAGAGUGUAUUUCAUCCCGCAUUUUAUUGCAUUCGCGGUCAUUCUAAUACUGCCAAAGUUCUUCAAACCUCUCAAAAAGUCGCAACCAACAACUCCAGCAGCAACUGAUGAAAUUGUACAACACGCUAAGAAGGAAUAA